AUGAACACACCAAAUUUUCAACAUCCAUUUAUCCUCGAAGUAGAUGCAUGUGCAUAUGGAUUAGGAGCUGUACUCGCUCAAGAAUAUAAUGGAGAAAAAUUCGUCAUUGCAUAUGCAAGUCGUACGUUAUCAUCGGCAGAACGAAAUUAUAGCUCCACUGAACGAGAAGCUCUUGCAAUAGUUUGGGCAACAAAACAUUUCCGUCCAUAUCUUGAAGGAAUGGAAAUAUUUAUUCGUACCGAUUGUCAAGCUCUUCAAUGGUUAAAAGAAUCAAAAGAUGUUACAGGUAGACUAGCUCGAUGGGCUAUGCAUCUCGCAGCAUUUCAAAUCAAAGAAAUUAAAUACAGACCUGGUGCUACCAAUACAAAUUCAGAUCCUCUCUCAAGAUAUCCACAAGAAGAAUCAUCAUUAAAUAAUCAAUGUGAAGUGACAGAAAUUGACACAAUAAUUAAUAUUUGGGAAAACACAAACAUGUUAGAUGAAAUUCGUGAAGAACAACAAAAAGAUAAGCAACUUAAACAAAUUAUCGACAAUCUUCUUAAACAAUCUACGCCAACAUUCAGUUCAAGUCGUUCACCUUACGUACUUGUCAAUGGUCUGUUAUAUAAAAUUCGUCAAACAAUAAAAAACCAAGAUCAUCGUGUUAUCAGUAACAAGCAUCUGCUCGUUAUCCCAACGUCGAUGCAAGAUAAGCUUAUCACGUGGGCACAUGAUCACCCGAUGGCAGGACAUGCCGGACGAACAAAAACAAUACAUCGUUUAAUUUCUCGAGUUUACUGGAUCACAAUGAGAAAAGAUGUACACAAAUAUGUACAACACUGCACUCUCUGCCAACAGUUCAAAUACAACAACCAGCCAAUGUCAAUGCCCAUGAAAAUGCACUUAGUGACAGAACCAUGGCACACCAUAGGCAUCGAUAUUAUGGGACCAUUUCCCAUCACUCAACGACAAAAACAAUUCUUGCUUGUUAUCGUCGAUUAUUUUACUCGAUGGGUAGAAUUGUUUCCACUACGAACAACAACGGCUGAUGUUAUUGCAAAUGUAAUUAUCAAUGAAGUAUUCUGUCGAUACGGAAUGCCUACAUUUAUUUUGUCUGAUAAUGGACCUCAAUUUAUUGCUGAUCUCUUCACUGAAACAUGUAAAGCACUUGGUAUUCGAAGAAAAUUAACAGCUGCAUAUCAUGCACAAACAAAUAUGACUGAACGGGUUAAUCGCACAUUAAAGCAACAAAUACGAAUUUAUGCUCUACAGAACCAUAAAUUAUGGGAUAAAGAAAUACAAAAAUUAGCAUUCGCAAUCCGAACUUCAGUCAAUGAAACAACCGGAGAAACACCUGGCUUCCUUAACUUUGGACGAGACCUCAAAAUUCCUCUCGAUCUAAUUAUUGGAGAGAAGGUUCAAGGAUCACCAACUGAUCUCCCAAACAAUAAUGUUAUCCAACAAUACAAGUCGAAUUUAAUUGACAACCUUAAAAAAGCAUUUAAUAUUGCACGAGAAUAUGCAGAAGUGCAAAAAUGGCAACAAAAAAGUCAAUAUGAUAAACACACUACUAGUAGACAAUUCGAAGUUGGACAACUUGUUUGGGUAACAGUACCAGCUGGACAAAUCUCUGGACAUAAUCUAUCAGGCAAGAUGAGCGCCCCAUUUCAAGGGCCAUGUAAAAUCAUGGAGAAGAUCUCAUCGUCAACAUUCAUCGUUAAACGUCUUUCAGAUAAUGUUAACUUAGGUACUGUCAAUGCGGACAGAAUGAAACCAUUUUAUGAUAGACAACAACACAACCGCUCCGAUUCAAAAUUAAUGUUGGACGAAGGUGAUCGUACCCCGAAAAAUGCAAAGAUAAUCCAUUCCAAUAAUCAAGAUUCAUUAAUAUCAACAGCCGUUAGAGCAUCAAGCCGGAACCAUCGAGCGCCGGCACGCUACGGCCAUUAA